UUAUAUUAGUAUGAUUAAAGUAAAAAAACAUCGCAAUGAAAAUAAUUGGAUUGACAAUAAACGAAAACGGUUCAAAGCUAUGGGUCAUGAGUUUGUCAAUAAAAAUGGGAAACUAAUUCCAUCUCGUAAGACUGGUACAGAUUGCAGGUGUUCCAGAAAGUGUCUAGAAAGUUUAUCUACGAGUGUUAAAAACGGAUUGAUUGAAAACUUUAAUUUAUUGGGUUCAAAAAUGGCUCAAGAUGCAUUCUUACAAGAUCACAUUAAACCUAAAAGUGUUAAAAAAAAGUAAAGCAGGAUCAAAAAGUCAAAAGAAUUUUUGUUUCACAUACGAAAUUAAUAUAGGAGAAUUUUCGAAAGUUGUUUGUAGAGAAGGGUUUGCAAGUUUCCAUGGUAUAGAUAUGAAACGUGUAAGGCAUUUAGGACUGUUAAAUACUGAAGCAAAAUCCCCUUUUGACAACAGAGGUAAACAUUUAAACAGAGCCAAUGCAAAGUCUAAUGAAGUUAUUCAAAAUAUUGAUGAUCAUAUUAAUAUUCUCCCAUUCAAAAUUAGUCGCUAUGGGCGCAAGGGUGAAAGAAUGAGGUAUUUGCCUGCAUAUCUAAAUAUUGUAAAAAUGUGUAUUUCAUUUUUAGAAAAAUACUAUCCAGCCGAUUUUUCAUUGAUAUACAAAGAGAGGAGCCUACAAAUUUGAAAUGUGAUGUACGUUACCAUUUUUUCUUAAGACAUUUUAAAAAAAAUUACAAUUAUAAGUUUGGACUUCUAAGAAAAGACAUUUGUGUGACAUGUAGUGAAUUAGAAGCAAGUAUUGAGUUGGAAAAAUUAUCACCACUGAAGAGAGAACAUAUACGUAAGUUAGAAGUCCAUAAAAGAAAAGCUAAAAAAUUUUAUAUGAAACUGGACAAAAUGACAAAAAUAGCUAAAAAAAAAAUGAUGAAGUUGAUGUGCUUUGCUUUGUUUUCAAACAAAAUAUGCCUUUACCAUAUUUGCAAACAUCUGAUGAAAACAUCAACUUUGGCUAUAUAUUAUGUGUCUAUGUAUUCAGGCAAAACUGGUAAAAGCAUUAUGUAUUGUUGGCCUGAAAUAGAAGCUAGACUUUGAGCAAAUGAGGUUAUAUCUGUAUUAAAUCACUUUAUAAAUUAAUUUUUAAAACCAACAGUUAAAAAGUUAUUCAUUUUCACUCACAAUUAUAGAGAGCAGAACCAAAACAACACAACACUUAGAUACUGGCAAGCACUUGUAAUAAAAAACAAGUUUGAAAUUAUAACCCAUUACUUUCCAGAAAGGGGUCAUAGCUUCUUACCCUGUGACAGACAUUUUGGAAUAAUUGAAAAGUUAUAAAGAAGAUGUGAACGAGCAGAAACUAUUGAAGACUGGGUGGAAUUGAUUAAUAUGAAGUUUACAGUUGUUCAUUUUCCUGGUUUAUUAAUGAAGGAUUAUGUAACAAUGUUAGAAAAAUAUUUUAAAAAAAGAGUGACUUGUACCAACAUGAGAAAUCUUGUAUUUCAAAUAUCAAAAUAUAAAUGUUAUGCAUUUUCUAAUAACACAAAUACAAUGGAAGCUCAUAUAACUAUUGAUGGGUUUAUCUGUAAUGGAUUCAAACUUUUAAAACCAACAACAAAAGCCAGUAAUAUAAAAUUACCAAAAGUUUCAAUAUACAUUGAUAAAUUAGGUAUUAAAAGUAAAAAACUCAAAA